AUGGAAGCAGAAAAAGCAAUAUUGGCUGAAAAGAGAGCUCUUAUGGAAGCUGAUAAAGAAAGGCUUGAAGAACAAAGUAAAACUCUUCAGUUAGAGAUAACUUUAAAGUCUUUAAAGUCCGACGAAACUUCUAUGAGUGAUUCUGUGCCAGCUAAGUUCAGUGAUAAGUGGGGAAAAACUAAGCCUAAUUUCCUAAGUUUUAGCGAGUCAGAUGUCGGAAAAUUUUUCGUUGCUUUUGAGAAAGUAGCUCAUCAGUUAGCUUGGCCCAAGGAACUCUGGGCUGUAUUAGUGCAAUCUGCAUUCUCUGGUAAGGCACAAGUAGUUUAUGCAGCUUUAAGUGCAGAAGAUUCCAGUGAUUAUGAUAUUGUGAAAAAAAUGGUUUUAAAUGCAUACCAGCUAAUCCCAGAAGCUUACCGGCAGAAAUUCAGAUCCUGGCGUAAAAUGUUUAAUCAAACAUUUGUAGAAUGGGCAGGCCAGAAAGCAGUUAAACUUGACGAGUGGUUGGCUGCAGAGGAGGCAACUACAUUUGCCGAGUUACGAGAACUGGUUUUGUUGGAGGAUUUUAAAAACAACAUUCCCAAAGACGUUCGCAUCCAUAUAGAAGAAUUUAACAUUGAUAAUGUGAAUGAGGCAGCAAAGGCAGCAGACAGGUUUGUUUUGUCACACAAGCAUUAUGGUAAGAAGAAAACUCAUUGGGAAGCAGGUGUGGAAAAGGUGGAAGUAAUAAAGGGUAGAGAAAGUCCUUCAUCGCCUUCGAGGGGUGCGAGGCAGGCCCGGGACAUUGUUUGUUAUAAGUGUGGUAAGAAAGGUCAUGUAAAGUCACAUUGUCCUGAAGUAACUAAGUCGGUUAAACCAGUUAUGUUGAUGGAUUGUAGGUCAGUGCCGCCUGUGUCUUCUAGUGAAGGAGAGGUGAGUGGGAGCAUGCCUUAUGGUAAGGAAUUUGAAGACUUUGUCUUUAGAGGUAUAGUGAAAGUUGGAUCUGAGGCAACUGAUGGUAAUAUCGUUGCAUUGCUACGGGAUACUGGCUCUUGCCAGUCCUGCAUUCUGGAAACCUCUCUCCCUUAA